CAGACUAGAUUGAGUCAUGGAGUCAAUGGCAGAAAAGAGAAAAGCCAAUCUUGGCUGCGAGGGGAGGACCUUUCCGAUGUAGUGUCAGCAACUCCAUUGAACCUUCUUGAGGCAUGUAAGGCGCAGAACAGAAUCAGUAUUCUAUUGUUUGGGAGUGGAGUUGAUGCAAGGGGAGCACGUGCAAGCAGAUGAGAUUGUCAUGGAACAACGCAAAGCCACGAACUCGCUCCGGCCCUGUCACCGAUCGCAGGCAGGCUCAGUGUCAAUCUACUCACGUACUUGCUUACAAUAUCACAAACAAAGAAGUAAAGAACAAUCUUGUCACUUUGCCAUAAAGGAGCAGGAGGGCCCUGCGACGACGAUCGAGCCCUUGGCUGACGUGACUUGUGCAACUCUCUAUGUUUCACCUUUUUGGUCUGUAAUAAGUGAGAACCCGGAAAGUACACCAGAGCCCGAGCAGGACAAUGCAGUGCUGAGCGAUGGACGUCCGCAGCCAGCCAGCCCGGUCGGUCGCUAUUUUGGUCUUUGGGUCUUUGCUGUUGGUUGGUUUGUUUGUUUCUAGGCUUUGGGCAAUUUGGGACCUCGGGUCGCGUCGGGUCUCGCUGGGAAGUGGGAGGUGGGAAGUUGGAACGAAGUUGGACGAAACCGUGAUGGUGACGAGCGCCCAAAUCCGGGGCGAGCACGUUCGGCGACGAGAAUCUCUCGUCAUCAUGCCUCACCCAGAGCUGCUCCCUUCGCCGGGCUUCCUCCUUCCUCCGAUCUCUUGCAUUCAUGUGCCUGUCUUGUUCGUUACAUAGAAAUGUCUUGUGGACGAAGGUAUGGUACGUUUUGUUGGUCAGUUGUGCUGUGGAUGUAUGUACCAGGGGAGUUGUGGUGCACCAGGACAACCCUAAUGCUCCAUUCGAGAAAGAGGCAAACUACUUGGAGAAGAAAGAAUUGCAAUUGGGAAUCGGUUGUAAAGGGAGCAGGAGAGCUCUUCCUUGGAGAGCGGUUAUCUUAAAAUGAAGGAGCGGUUAAAAUCGUCAUCGGCAACAACUCCAGCCAACAUCGAGCUAGCUUCCGCUGGCUGGGCUCGGCCGGACUUGAGGAGCGGAAGGAGGAGGAGGAGGAGGAGUGUGGUGUCUGAAAGAGCGUAGAGAAAACGGUAGAAAGAGGUAAGAAUAUGAUUGAGCAGUUGCUGCUGCUGCUGCUUCUUGUAGUGGUAGGCAGUAGAUGAUUUUGCUUGUCCCCAUUCGCUAAUAUCGAUGCGGAGAUCAAAAGAGGCCAGCUAAUGCGUCCUGGCCCCACCUUGCUUAAUCUUUCAGACCAACGAAGAACGCUAGAAAGAUUCCCAACAGCUCAUACAAGCGCUACUUUUCGCGAGGUCUUAAAAGCUGCAAUUGAUUGAAAAGAUAAAUGAUCUCUCGUACCAACUGCUUUCACUACAUAAAUCAGAAAAGUUCAGGAUUCCUCUGUGUUGCGAUACUCUACUAGUUGAAUAGGCACCUUGCAGUUGAACCCCACGGCUGACUGCCUUCCAGAACUUGUCGUUUGGGAACGAACAAGCAAAAAGCAUCCCAAACUGCAAGAGGUAUGCACAAGCAGCACCACCGACCCCUGCUUCUUAUCAAAAGCGUAGUUUCUAACCUUUUUUGCUCCAGGUCGCGUUCUAUUCCGAGCUUACCUACUCUAUUCCUUAAUUUCCUUCAAAGUCUCAAGAUGCAUUGAAACCCGCCCCCCGACGUCAGCCAUGGACCGAACGAGGAUCGAUUCGGGAGAAAGCAAUAUUUUCCGGAGCCCAAACAAUAUCAACAUCGACUCCAUUUCCAUACAUUAUUGACGAAAGCCUGCGCGGAAAGGUGGAACAAUCCAAUGUAGCGAAACGCCCAGCAGUGUAGUGAAAUGGCCAACAUCGAACGCCAAGACCCCAGAUCGUACAGCUACUGUUGCAAGCCACAGCAAUGCUGGUGUUUGUCUGUACAAGAAGCGUGGCGACAAAUGAUUGCAGGCCAUCGCUUCAACCCCAUCUAGGAACAGCCCCUACCAUUCUCUCUCUCUCUCUCUCGGUAGCGUACUGUGUACAGUAUGUCUAUCCUGGAGGAUUUUUGAUAACGGUACACCUGGAUUGCACAUGCUAUUCGAGGCUCGCAGAAUAUCCAACAUGUGCUCAGGGCCUCAGGCAGAUGACACACUUAAGGCCUCCUCCUCGUCCGCAAUCAUGCUGCAGAUGGCAAUGUCGCUCGUCCAUUCGACGUUAUCGCCUCGUAGAAUCGUACACACUUCGAUGCGCUCGACCUCGACCUUCACCUUCUGGUCUACGUACGAGAUGCGAUUCGGAUUCGGAUUCGGUUCUACGUAGCUCCGGAUGCUCCGUGAUUGUGAUGACCGGGCGUAUGCUGUGGAGGCUUUGGCCCAAUUCUGAAUCGUUUCUCGUGCAUGUUUUAACCUCAUCGAGCUCCUGUGCAGAUAUGUCUCUAACAUUCUUGCACGCUGCUCGCCAUGUGGCACAUGGCCCAGUUCGCCCCGUCUAAUACGAGCAUGGGUUGCGUGCGAAGCUUCUCCUUUGAGCCCCAUGUCGCGAGCGCACCGGAGCAGAUGGCGACUUAUAUUAUCAUGUCCUGUACUCUUUGUGGCCAGCAUUAUUGUUUUGAAGAUGGUGUGCCCACUCUAUGUUCUACGUUCGUUCUCAGAGUUCUAUAUUCAUAAAUUCAUGUACACAAAUGUUUUCUUCUAUUUAUUUCGCAUGUCGCAUCGCAAACGACC